GAUGGCGGCAGAAGACUCGGACAGAACUUACAGAUGCUGCCGUCACACGUUGCGCUCCACCACACUGCUGCGGCUCGAGGCGACGUGGUGCGACAUGCUAUGACGGUACCAUUGCGCCGAGUGCGACGGCGGGCUUCCUUACAACAAUCAACAGAGCCUCGGGUGUCAGCCAAACACCCGGAUUCUCUACUAGAGCUUGAGCCUAUUUAACAUGGAGAUCUCGGUGCGGGCGCUCACGCCACCACAGAGCGAUCGCCAUGGGCUCGCCAACAUGCUGAUAGCGAUAGAAAUGAGCGCCGGCGGGCUGGGCUCGUACCUGGCGGGACUCAACGCCUCGGGGCUGGUACCGAGCCUCUCGUACAGCUACAUGGCCUGUGCGAAGUAUCGCGAGUGUGGUCCAGCGCUUACCAAUCAUUGUGACAGACUAUCCGGAUGGAUCGUGUCCAAUCAUAACUAUAGGUAUGAUUCUAGCAAUGACCUGAGGUCCCGUUCGCGUUUCGACAGCACCAAGCUGCGGCCAGCACUCUUCCGCUCUUCCAGUCCCCAUAUACUAAUCACGGUGUUCGCUGGAACUGCUGAGAGAUGGCCGUACAGGACAACGAACAUCUUGUGCCUGCUGCACUCUUGCCUGUAUCUGGUUUCAGAGCUGUUCUUACGGGCAAUGAGCUUCUCACGUUCUUCAUUGUGCAUACGAACAUCUGGGUCCAGAGAGUAGGUCUUGUCUAGAUCCUUGCACAGAGCUUCUACAUAGUCAUCGGAACUGCGAAUCGUUUCUCCAGUCAGGUCAUGUUCCUCCUCAGCUAG